UAGUCAUUUCCAUUAUUGUAUGAACAACAGUAAACACCUGUAGAUACAUAAGAGCGUACAAGUGUUUCUUGUUGGUAUUUUUAGAUUAUUAAAGUUAAAUUUUACAGUAGGAACAGAUACAUCUAACGACUACUCUAUUCAGUGAGCACACAGUUCAAAGAUGAAAUACUCGUAUCUCUUACCAACGAUUGUGCUGUUAACAAGCUUAUCAGAAACGAAGUCGGCAAGGAUUUUAGCAGUGUUUGUUAUACCAGCAAAAAGUCAUCAUGUAAUUUUUCGCACUCUGACGUUGGAGUUGGCGAAGCGUGGACAUGAAUUGGUCGUGAUCACACCGCAUCCUGUUUUCCAGAACGGCAAAACACCAGACAAUUACAAAGAGAUCGAUGUAUCCGACAAAUGUCGGGAGGCGUGGAGUAGGAAACCAAUGAAUUCCGGUCACGGCAGUGUUUCAGAUUUAAAAAAUGUUAUAUCAGCACAAUUGGAUAUUAUCGUUGAUCUAUUUUAUGAAUAUUUAGAAGAUGAACAAGUAAAUAAGAUAUUACAUGAUCCAAACGCUAAGUUCGAUUUACUAAUCGUUGAAGGAUGGUUUCGACCUAGUGUCGCGUUUUCUCACAAGUUCAACAUACCAGUUAUAAGAUUCAGUUCUUUUGGUUCAUGUUUUACUGAAUAUGAAGAUAAUGGUGCGAUUCAGUAUCCGGUUUUUAGUCCGAAAAUGUGUGGCACGACACUGAAAGACAACACGUUUUGGGGUCAGAUCACUGCGUUGUACGACAGUUUAAUUUACGCUAAAAUACAUAAGUCUCGUGAUAAAGAAAACGAAGAUCGUUUAAAAAAACAUUUCGGUGCUGAUAUACCAAGUUUAGAUGACUUGAACCAAAAUGUAAAUGUUCUGAUGAUGAAUGUGCCUCGUAUUUGGGAAAUGUAUACUCCGACACCGCCCAAUCUGAUACAUGUUGCUGGUAUUCAUUUAAAUGUGGAAAAGGAACUCCCGAAUGACUUGAAAACAUAUCUGGACUCCUUACCUAAUGACGUGAUUUACAUAAGUUUUGGCACCAAUGUGGAAACGUCCACUAUACCAGCAAAACAAUUACAAAUGAUGGUGAACGUGCUGUCCAGACUGCCCUACCAGGUGAUCUGGAAAUGGAAUGAAGACGAGCUGCCUGGACGCAGUGGGAACAUCAUGAUAUCAAAGUGGUUACCGCAAGAGGCUUUAUUAAGACAUCCAAAAGUGAAGUUAUUCAUAACUCAAGGCGGUCUACAGUCAACACAAGAAGCCAUAUUUGCUGGUGUACCAUUACUUGGCAUGCCACUUAAUAUAGACCAGUUCUAUAAUGUGGAGAAUUACAUUCGACUAAAAAUAGGCCUAAGACAAGACCUCAAGACGUUAAACGAAGAGAAAUUUGGAGAAACCAUUCUUACUCUUUUGAACGACAAAAGUUACCGUGACAAUGUGCAACGACUGAGCGUGAAGUUGCACGACGAGCGCCUGCCGCCGCUGGCGCGCGCCGUGUGGUGGACGGAGCACGUGCUGCGGCACGCGGGCGCGCCGUAUCUGCGCGCGCCCGCCGCCAACAUGCACUGGGCGCGUUACUACGAACUGGACUUGCUUGCUAUCUUUAUUACCAUAUGCCUCUUCAGCAUUACCCUUGUUUAUCUGUGCCUUUAUUAUUUGCUGUUAUUUAUUUUCAACUUCUUAAAGAACUCAGUUGGUUUUCAAAAGUAUAAAAUCGUUUAAAGCAUACGUUUUUUUUUAUUGUCUUAAAUAUGGUAAAUUUAAAGUAUUUAUAUACCAUAAUGUCGUUACCGUUUUAUACAAUGGUAACUGUAAAAACUAAAAUUUUCAAAAUAGUUAAUUGUUGUU